UAGUCCAGGACCUGGCCAGGGACGGGAUGGGCCCGACCCAAAUGGGCUGCGUCCUCUAGGUCCUGAGGCGGGGGCGGGCAACAGUGACUGGACUAACUGUGCCGGGUAGGCUGCGUGGAAUUCCGCUUCGCGCUGGGAGCGCGCAGACGCUUUAUGAGGCAGGCAGCGGCGGGCCGUGUCGGGGAGCCGGGAGAAUGAACCGAAUUUGAGCGUCUGGGACCAAACCAAACUCUGAAAGUGAGGAGGAAACUGCGAGCCCAGUCAAAUAUGUGAGAGUGGGCAAAGGAAGGCCCGAGUGUGUGUGAGACCCCGGAACAUCAGCCACGAUUAAAAGAUGUUUCAGAGAAAGCUGUACAGGAAAGUGAUGCUGGAGAACUAGAGCAACAUGCCACAUUAGGCUUUCACAUCACCAAACUUGAUGAAAUCCAGUUGGAACAAGAAGAGAGGCUGGAAGAAACUUAAAGGAGGUUCUGUCCAACUCUGCUUCCCCAGCAUUCUGCUUUGCCAAGAGAGGAAUUCAGAAGAGGACUGGUCUACUCUUGGAAUUCUAAGUAAUGGCCCAUUUGAUGGUGUUCAGGGAUGUGGCUGUAGACUUCUCUCAGGAGGAGUGGGAGUGCCUGGACCUGACACAGAGGGACUUGUACAAAGAGGUGAUGUUGGAGAACUACAGCAACAUGGUCUCACUGGGACUUUGCAUUUAUCAGCCAGAUGUGUUCUCCUUAUUGAAGAAAGGGAAAGAGCCCUGGAUGGUUUUGAGGGAUGAAACAAGAGGACCUUGCCCAGAUAUACAGUCCAGGUGUCAGACCAAGAAGUUAUCACAAAAAAGUGGCAUUUUUGAGAGAGAAUUAUCCCAAUGGGAAAUAACAGAAGUCUGUAAAAACCACAGCCUUGAAUGUUUAUGUUUCAGAGGUGAUUGGGAAGGCAAAGAUCAGUUUGAAACACAACAGGAAAAUCAGGAGGGAUAUUUUAGACAAGUGAUAUUCACCUAUGAAAACAUGCCCACUUUUAAACAGCACACAGCUUUUAAUCUGCAUCAGAGUGUUAAUACAAGAGAGAAACUGAAUGAAUUUAAAGAUUGUGAGAAAGCCUUUAGUUUGGGUUCUCACCAUACUCGACAUGAAUUAAUUCACAUUGGUGAGAAAUUCUGUGAAGAUAAGGAAUGUGGGAAGACCUUUCUUCCUGAUUCAGAACUUACUCAAUAUCAGACAGUUUUCUUAUCAGACACUGGUAAGAAAACACAUGAAUGUAAAGAAUGUGGGAAGGCUUUUAGUUUGCGAUCAAGUCUUACUGGUCAUAAGAGAAUUCACACUGGUGAGAAACCUUUUAAAUGUAAGGAAUGUGGGAAGGCUUUUAGAUUUCAUUCACAGCUUAGCGUCCAUAAGCGAAUUCAUACUGGUGAGAAAUCUUAUGAAUGUAAAGAAUGUAGCAAGGCCUUUAGUUGUGGUUCAGACCUUACUCGACAUCAGAGAAUUCAUACAGGUGAGAAACCCUAUGAAUGUAAUGAAUGUAGGAAGGCCUUUAGUCAGAGAUCACAUCUUAUUAAACAUGAGAGAAUUCACACUGGUGAAAAACCUUAUGAAUGUAAGGAGUGUGGGAAAGCUUUUACUCGUGGCUCACACCUAACUCAACAUCAGAGAAUUCAUACUGGUGAGAAAUCUCAUGAAUGUAAGGAGUGUGGAAAAGCAUUUAUUCGUGGUUCAAAUCUUGCUCAACAUCAGAAUGUUCAUGUUGGGAAGAAGCCUUAUGAAUGUGAGGAAUGUGGGAAAGCCUAUAUCUGGAGUUCACACCUUGCUCGACAUCAGCGAAUUCAUACCGGUAGGAAACCUUAUGAAUGUAAGCAGUGUGGGAAGACUUUCAUUUGGGCUUCAUAUCUUGCUCAACAUGAGAAAACACAUAAAGAAAGGAAACUCUAUGAUUGUAAGGAAUGUGGAAAGACCUUUUUUCAUGGCUCAGAGUUUAAUCGACAUCAGAAAAUUCAUACUGGUGAGAGAAAUUAUGAAUGUAAGGAAUGUGGGAAGACCUUUUUUCGCGGUUCAGAACUUAAUCGACAUCAGAAAAUCCAUACUGGAAAGAGACCAUAUGAAUGUGAAGAAUGUGGAAAAGCCUUUCUCUGGGGUUCACAACUUACUCGACAUCAGAGAAUGCAUACAGGUGAGGAACCUUAUGUAUGUAAUGAGUGUGGGAAAUCCUUUAUCUGGGGCUCACAGCUUACACGACAUAGGAAAACUCAUACUGAUGCAGAACCCUAUGAAUGUAAGAAAAGUGGCCAGAUCUUUAGUCACCAUUCAUGUCUAACUGAACAGAAAAUUCAUAAUGGUGAGAAUCUCUAUGAAUGGACAGACUAUGGGAACACCUUUAGUCAUGAUUCAAACUUUGCUCAACACCAGAAUAUUUACACUUUUGAGAAACCCUAUGAAUAUAGAGAUUUUGAGACAGCAUUUUCUCCAAACUCUCACUUUAAUUUCACUGUUGUGAAAUCAUGUGAUAUAAAAAUGUAGAAAAAGCUUUAUUCAUGACUCAUUAAUUGAUGUCAAUUAAUUUCUUCUCUUGAGAAACCUCACAAGUUUAAGUAAUAUUGAAAGGCCUUUUGACAAAACACAUACAAUAUACACUCU